AUGACGAAUUCUGCAUCUGGAGAUUGCGUUGAUUUUGAUCGUGAUUGCGAGCGUGUGUUUCCUUCUGGAGUUCGUUUGGUUGAUUCGUUGCUUCAACAAAUGGAAAAAAAGGAUGAUAUUGUUUAUUUAGAAGCAGAAAAGUCUGAAUUAAAGGAUAAGAAUUUAAAUCUGAAGAUGAAGCUUUUGAAGCGUAUAAUGAAUAUGCUUUUAGGAAAGGUUUUGGAAUUCGAAUUGGGAAGAUUUCAUAUUGAUCAUUUAGGGGUCUAUACAUGUACAAGACAUGAAAUGGUUCAUAAUCAUGCUAUGAUUCCUCCUGAAAAAAGGCAUUUGAUAAGGUCUCAAAGGGAUGUGAAUAAAGAGCAACUUCUUUUCAUUUCAACAAUGAAAUUGAGCGGAGUCAAAGUUACUGCUACCCAAAUUGAAGAAUGUGAUAGUAACCAAUUGAUUAAAUAUUUUGCCAAGAGACAUGUGGAUGAGGCAGAUUUUUAUUAUGAUUUUGAACAAGAUGAUAGUGGUGCUUUAGUUAGUUUUUUUUGGCGUGAUGGUAGGAUGAUGAGAGAUUAUCAUUACUUUGGAGAUUUGUUGGUUUUUUACACAACUUAUAGAACUAAUAAAUAUGGAAUGAUAUGUGCUCCAUUUGUUGGGAUGAACCAUCAUGGUAACAAUGUCAUGUUUGGUAUGUGUUUUAUUCUUAAUGAGCGCACCGAGGCUUUUGAUUGGUUGUUUGACACAUUUUUGCACUCAAUGGGAAGGAAAAGUCCCAUUGCAAUUAUGACUGAUCAAGCACAAGCGAUUGCAGCGGGUAUAAGAAACAUUUUUCCUUCAACUGUUCAUCAUCGUUUAUGUGUAUGGCAUCUUGAACAAAAUUCUAAGAAACACAUUGGAGCAUUGAGAGCUUUGGAAGGCUUUACAGAUUUGUUUGGAUAUCUUUUGAAGUAUUGUGAAACUCCUGCUGAAUUUGAAUAUUUCUGGAAAAGGAUGUGUGAUAAAUACAAAUGUGAAAAUGAUGAUUGGUUAUGUGAUUUGUAUAAAAUAAAGGAAAUGUGGUGUCCUGCUUAUUCUAAGAAGUAUUGGUCUGGUGGUAUAUUGUCCUCUCAACGUAGUGAAACUACUAAUAACUGAGUUUCACAACGUCUUAAUAAGACUCAAGGUUUAUGUGAUUUUUAUCAUGUUUUUCUUGAUGUCGUUUCUGAGUGGAGAAGUAAGGAAGGUGGAAGAGAUUACAAUACUUUGAGGGGUAAUAGGCACCUAGCUUUUGCUAAUAUUGGUAUAUUAAUUCAUGCAAGAUCAUUGUACACUAUUCAAGCUUAUGUGCUUUUUGAAGAGGAGUUCAUUAGGGGGACAGCUUAUGAUCAUGUUGAUAAUGGUUUGCGUUUUCCAGAAUAUUCAUAUCUUCUUUGGAGGCCUGGGAAGGAUAUAAUUAAGCAUGAAGUUGUUUUUAAUAAGGAAACACAUGCAGUUUGUUGCACAUGCAUGUACUUUAGUGAGACUGGUUUACUUUGUUCUCAUUCUCUUCGAGUAUAUCAUUUGCAUUGUGUGCGUAAUAUUCCACAAGAGUAUAUAAUGAAACGAUGGACAAAGGCUGCCAUUUUUAGUAAUGGUAUUGAAGAACCUACUUUGAGGAAAAAUGUUGUGGCUACUAGUGUUUGGAGGUCACAAACAAUCAGAAAGUUUGUGAAGUUGAUAACAAGUUGUCAGAAUUCUUUGAAUGCAAGGGCAGAGGUUGAGUGUUAUUUCAAUCUGUUAAAAGAGAAGGUUGACAGCAUAUCAGGUGUAAUUGACUUUAGUGAACCUAUUAAAGAGGUUGAAAUUGUUGAUCUUGAGAUCAAGAAUCCUCCAAAAGCUAGGCCUAAAGGUGAGAGGAAUGUAAGGCCUAAGAGUACCUUGGAGAAGCAGUGCAACAAGGCAAAGGGUAAUUUCAAGAGGAAAAAGUCUAUGUACACUCCUUACAAAAGGGGUAUAGGGCAAGCAGUUGUACAGGUAUAUCAUCAUUUAAUAUUUUCAAAUUGAUCAUUUCAGUUUUCGUAAAUGAUCAUUUAUGUUUUUUUUUAAUAGGAACUUGAUGAGAAUGAUUGUGUUGUUACUUAUGCUAAUUCUAUUAGUGAUCCCACUGAAUUC